CCGGACAAUAAAGGAAGAUGCACACGAUGAUGUUACCCUGAAUUUAGUCCGACUAGAUAUCUAGGACAAAGGUGACCAGGGGUUUUGAGGAGGGGGGGUGCCAGCAAAGAUAGCAACGAUGUCUAAACAACCGCAACCGAUCAGCCCUUUAAAAAAUUUUUUCGCUGGCGGCUUCGGAGGCGUUUGUCUGGUGUUUGCUGGACACCCCCUUGAUACCAUAAAGGUGCGGCUGCAGACUCAACCCAAGCCCAGUCCAGGCCAGCUGCCACUGUACACUGGCACCUUCGACUGCUUCAGGAAGACCUUUGUCAAGGAGGGUGUGCGAGGACUGUACAAAGGCAUGGCGGCCCCCAUCAUCGGAGUCACACCCAUGUUUGCCGUCUGCUUCUUUGGCUUCGGAUUGGGCAAGAAACUGCAGCAGAAACACCCUAACGACGUGCUGACGUACCCGCAGCUCUUUGCAGCAGGAAUGCUGUCGGGGGUCUUCACUACUGCCAUCAUGGCUCCCGGGGAGAGGAUCAAGUGUCUCUUGCAGAUUCAGGCUUCAUCGGGAGAAAUUAAGUAUGCUGGGCCCAUGGACUGUGUGAAGCAGCUGUACCGGGAGAGUGGAAUCCGGGGCGUUUACAAAGGCACCGCACUAACUCUCAUGAGGGAUGUGCCGGCCAGCGGGAUGUACUUCAUGACCUAUGAGUGGUUGAAGAACAUCUUGACACCAGAAGGCCGGAGGUCUGUUAUCGAAAUACCAGCCGGCUUGACCGAGCUGCUGCAGGGCUACACUCUGGAGGUCCUCCGCCGGAGACCGUCCGAUUUGGUGGAGUUUGCCGUACAGUACUUCACCCGUCUACGGGAAAGCCGGAGCCAGGAUGGAGCCGGGUCUGGGGGCAAAGGGAUCAUCUUCGACGGAGAGCUCGUGCAGCCUGAGCCAAAUGGAGAUGAGGAUGGAGAUGACGAUGAUGAGGACUCGGACUUUGAACCGCCGCCUCCCAGUCAAUUCAACCGCCGGGUAUCAGUGUGUGCCGAAGCCUUUAACCCCGAUGAAGAGGAGGAGGACGCAGAGACCCGCGUCGUCCACCCCAAAACGGACGAGCAGCGCUCUCGACUGCAGGAGGCCUGCAGGGACAUCCUUCUGUUCAAAACCCUAGACACGGAACAGUUUGCCGAAGUGCUGGACGCCAUGUUUGAAGUCCUGGUCCAGACCAAGGAGCACAUAAUCAAUCAGGGCGAUGAUGGAGACAACUUUUAUGUCAUAGAGAGGGGGGUGUACGACAUCGUCGUGCAAAAGGACGGCGUCGGCUGCUGUGUGGGAAAGUAUGACAACAAGGGCAGUUUCGGGGAGCUGGCGCUAAUGUACAACACUCCACGCGCCGCCACCAUCAUCGCCACCACUGAGGGAGCCCUAUGGGGGCUGGACCGGGCCACGUUCCGCAGACUGAUAGUGAAGAACAAUGCGAAAAAGAGGAGGAUGUACGAGACCUUCAUCGAGUCUGUUCCCCUGCUCUCAUCUUUGGAGGUGUCGGAGCGGAUGAAGCUUGUCGAUGUUUUAGGGGGGAAGGCGUUCCAGGAUGGGGAGCGGAUAAUCGCGCAGGGUGAGAAAGCUGACUGUUUCUACAUCGUGGAGUCGGGGGAGGUGAAGAUCAUGAUGAAGAGCAAAACUAAGGCAGACCAGCAGGACAACGCGGAGGUGGAGAUCGCACGCUGUCACAGGGGGCAGUAUUUCGGCGAGCUGGCCCUGGUCACCAACAAGCCCCGCGCUGCCUCUGUCUACGCUGUGGGGGGGGUCAAGUGUUUGAUUAUAGAUGUGCAGGCAUUUGAGCGUCUUCUGGGCUCCUGCAAGGAGAUCAUGCAGAGGAACAUUGCCUCCUACGAGGAGCAGUUGGUGGCGCUGUUUGGCUCCAGCGUGGACCUGCGGGACUGAGCGGCCCAUCUGUGCCCAUCAACAUGCUGCGAUUGCGCCUGCACUUGCACCCAGCUAUGCAGGCCUCCUCCCAUGUGCUCCUCCUGCGUACAUACACACAUUCAGUCCCAUGUGUGUAGUGAGACACGGAGAUACACACAUUCACACACACUCCCCGAUGUAUGCUAUCACUAUCACUCAGAAGCAUUAAAAGCGUGGAUGAAUCUGUAGCUUAGUACAUUCCGUGGGAAUAUCGGAGUAUAUAGAUCCUGUGCACUGACAUUGUAGCCCUUCGAGUCUGCCAAAGGGUGUGUGUGUGUGUGCGCGUGUGUGUGUGUGUUCAGCCAGUACGCUGCAGUAUUGAUGUGUGUGUUGUGUGGGUGUGACAGAUUCAACACUGGGAGAGACACAGAACUUUCCUAUCAGGGAUUUCCUCUGAAAUGUCCAUGCUCUGUAUUUUGUACCUGUCUUGAAAGAAUAGUGCCAUUAUAAGGUCACCAUUCAGACCAUGAUCCUGAUAACAGGACCCCUGCGGCAUUGUGCCACCCUUGACCAAUGUUGUGUUUUUGACCAUUUUUGGACCUGCUCUUGCCUAUUUUGUAGACAAUGUUAAAUUGUUAGAUGAUUUUUUUUUUUUAAUCCAACAAAACUUGCAUGAAUUUCACAGACACCGGUAUAACUGAAACUCUUCACAAGGACACAUGCAAAUGUUAUUUUUAAACUUUAAUGAAACUGAAUGUUUUACAUCUGUUUUAUCUUGAUGAACAAGCUUUGAUAUGGUCUUAUUCACAAGAAGGCGGAGUGUUUGCUUUUGGCAGUUGAGUUCCUCUUGUUUGUCCUGCAGCACUUGGGUUUCUUGUGUCCUGUAACUGAUAUUUGCGAACUUCGCACCUGUUGGUUGACGUAUUUGUUGAUACUAUUCUAUGUUUCUUUUGAAUGACUUAGAAAAACAUUUCAAAACAAAAUGUGGAGCUUAUUUCUCCUUGGUUUUAGUGCAAGUCUGCUCUUUGGAAGAAAAUAAAGCCAGCAUUUUGUUAAAA